AUGGCUGCGGCUCCAACUGCUAGCUUCGUAACUUCCAUGUCUGCCCAACCACCACGCACUGUCCAAGCCCUGGUGAAUGAAGAGGUUAGGGCUCCUCCACCGGUGCGAUUAUACCCAUCACAGCACAGAGUCAGCAUGACUCGGUACGCCACCUCCACUGACCCACGGGGCUACAUUCCCGUGUUCGAAUAUCCUUUAAACGGCCAGUACAUCAUGAUUGACUGUGAGACAGGUAUGGUGCACUUCACCGGGAUAUGGAAAGCACUCGGUCACACCAAAGCGGAUGUUGUGAAGUUGGUUGAGUCCGACCCCACCAUUGCGCCUUAUCUACGCAAGGUUAGAGGAGGUUAUCUAAAAAUACAAGGAACAUGGCUUCCCUUUGACACUGCUAAAACCUUGGCGAGGAGAGUAGCUUGGCAAAUUCGCUACGAUCUGGUCCCGCUAUUCGGUCCGGAGUUUCCUGAUACCUGCCUUGGACCUGGAGAGCCUGGAUUCGGUCAACUGCUGCUAUCAGCCCCAAAGCCAAGGGGGCGGCGGGGUGCUAAGAAAACUGCAGCUGCCUCUUGUGUUGGCCACGAGAGAACUGCAUCUCCUCAAGAUAACCGCAGUCAAAUCCGUCCGGAUGCAUACUCCUCUCAGGAUUCUAUGGGGAAUCGUUUCUCUGGUCAACCAGAAACCGCCGGGCCGAAGAUUGGUUAUGACCCAAUGUUAUCUCAACCCAGGUAUUCGCCGUACACUCGAGCCCCAGUGCAUCGAAUCACCCAGCUGGACCCUUUACCUAGUCUGAUCCAACCAAAUCAAAGUUCUUAUCAUCCAACGCCAGAUCCCACGUAUUCUAGUGCGGCUCGCUAUCACCCCCGGAGCCCAAGAGCAUCGAUGAUGCCUUCUCAUAGUGCCGGGCCCUAUGACCAACAACAACCCACCGGUUCAACAGGAUAUGGGAUGGAAAAUGUGGCUCCGCUCCCCCCGAUGCGUCACUAUCAAUCGCCUCCGGCCGAGAACAAUUUCUUCGAGACCUAUCGGGGCCCUGACUCGUUUGAAGCCCUGAGCAAUAAAUGGUUGGCUCCUGAGCUUGUGUCACCCGCUCAGGACGAAUGUCCCAGCUGA